AUGCAAUACUCCAAGAGCUUUGCCUAUUUUGCUCCCUCUGAGCAGCAGAGACAAGCUUCAACACAAACAAGAGCGCAACGCCGCUCAUCGCUCGAUACAUUUGUCAUACCCGGCCGCACAAGACUGCCAUCCAGCAAAGCCAGCACCUUUGACCUUCAGGUUACGCAAGGGCUCCUCAACUCAAGCCUGCUCCAAUCCCCAGAAAGGAACAUGCCUUCUUCUGCCGAAAGCUUUGAGUGGUCGCCCGAAACUUCGGCUGGUGGGUGUAUGCCACGAAGAGACCCUCUUUCAGGCCCGCAUGGUCCAUCACAUCAUAGAGUCAGGCCUAACGUCGUGCGGAGACCGCCUCCUCGCUUUGGUGGUCGCGAAGUCAUCAUCGUUCCAUCUCAACGUCCACGGCCUCAUGUUCACCAACCAUCGCCUCAACCUCUGGCGCCAACGUCCUCACAAGAGCAUGCAAACGUGCAAACAUACGAUGGCGCCGAUGAAUCGAUCACCGAGUCUCGCCUCACGAGCAUGACCUGGAGCACUGUCAGUCAUCGAGUUUUCUCAGACUGUUCUGGUAGCUCACGUACAAUGGGGGCUUCAUUUUACAGAGAUGAGUACAACAAGUUGGCCGAAAAGCACGGACUACCUCGGCUAGAAGCAGAGCCAGAUGGUGAUAUAGACGAGAACCACAGCCAAACAAAGACCACGACCAAGUCUCAUCACCAGGGCUGGCUGGCACGUAAGCUGUUCCGACGAUCAUCUUCAACCUACACGCUCAAAGCCAAGACCACCUACAAGCCCAUAUCAAAGAAGAAGAGCUUUGCGGGAAUCCCUGUUCUGUCAGACGAUAGUCAUAAGAAUGUGCUGAAGGGCAAAAGUCUUGAAGAACUCAGCCGACUUGGAGGACUGAGCGUUUUCAUACUUCCGCCCGACUUUGCUGUUGACAGGCUCACCCUUCCCACCUGUCUCUCAGCAACAGCUACGUACUUAUAUCAACAUGGCUGUAACGCACCUGGUAUAUUCCGCGUGUCCGGUCAAACCACGAUCGUCAACGCAUUAUAUGACUUUUAUGAUCAUCAAUUCUCCAACGCAGACGCUGGAAGUCCUUCUAAGGUUGAACAGACUGUAGGAUCAGGUCUCCUUCCCUCGCACAUAGAGCACACAGUACCCGAUGCCGCCUCGUUCUUCAAGAGAGUCCUCAUUGACCUGCCAGGUGGUUUACUCGGCUCGGUCGAGCUCUUCGAAGCGCUUCGCAACGUCACGACCAAUUUCGAGUAUGAUCCUGAACUUUCCGAAUCUGACCUCGUAAGUCUCAGAGCCAAGAUGAUUGCGCUGGCAAUCUCGAGCGUUGCUUCCGACUAUCGCUUAUAUCUCAUCCAAGCGGUCUUGGGUCUGGUGUCUUAUCUUGGGAAUGAAGCCGACAAACUACAAGCGGAGAACGCUUCCGUCGACUCAGACCAGGCCCCAUCAGAGCUCAUGACUUACAGGUCUCUAGGCGUUGUCUUGGGACCCUUAUUACUCGGAAACUUGACUGAUAGUGCAAUUCACGGUAGCGGUGAAAGUCACGGUGGAGGUCCGCGCACAUCGCUUGAGACGGACAGUGCAAAGAAGUUCCGGAAGCACAAGCGCAAGCAUUCAGACAUGAAAUUGGACCAAAGUGCUACUCUAGCUGCAUUUGUUGACCGAGCUAAUCGCACUGCGAUCGUCAUGCAACAGCUGCUUUUGGUGUGGCCUGAUGUCGUCAAGCAACUUCGGGAUAUCAAUAAAACUGUCAACUCUUCUCUGAAAUCUGGAAGCAAGCGGCGUCUCAAGAAGAUGCCAAGUCACGCUGGUAGCAGGCUCACGAUGAAAACGUCUGAAGAAGACAUGAGGUUCCUUGACAUUUUGCGCGGACGCACUCUGCCGGAAGAAUUUCGAGGGGCUGUCAGAAUGAAGAGCAACAUACGAAUGACAAGCAGGUCGCCGAUGUCGCGGGGUGCAAUUGGUCCAUCCGAGGAUGACGGCUCAAACAACACCUGGUUACCUGCAGCUAGCGAAGAGCAUGGUAGUCCCAAUCCUGGCCACACUAGGGUUGCUGAACGCGCUGCACGAGACAACGAAUUCGCUGUUACUACCAAGCUACGGUCUGUGGAGGGGACGAACAUGUCACUCGCGGACGACAUCGGGCUCGAUGUCGAGAAUCGUACACAUUCAGAUGUUGCUAUGGAGAAGAUGGCGAUGGGUACAAUAUUGCCACCCCUUCAAAUCAAGCCUAGCCCUUCACGCAAAGGGUUUCUUCGCCUAGUAGAUCCUGCUGUGGAGACACCACAAAGGACCCAGAAUUCCAGCUCAUCGAGCAAGACACCUGAAACGGCCCUGAGGGAUGCGCCACCUGCGGAACAUAGCCAUGAGUCAGAUGAAUCCCGACUCCAGAUAUCCAUGGGAAAGCCACUCCCGCCCAUUGGAGACACCCAAAGGGCAGAGCUCUCCUUUUCAUGCCCUGAGGGCGAUGUCAUUGACGCGACUUCAAAGCCAUUUGCAUGGAAUGAGCGCCCCGAUCCACCUCGCCGCAACACCUCAUCAAGGAAAUCGUCAAGGAACUCUUUCUCAAGCCGCAAACCCCGUCAGUCAGCAGAGCGGACCAUCUUUCCGUCUCGCCAGUCGGGGCAGUGGCCUUCAUCUCCAACCAAGCAAACAGAUGAAAAAGCCAUGUUUCCACCUCGUCAAUCAUCAUUGACAAUGGAAAAACAUCUUGCACUGAAGCCUAUCGAGACCUACUCUUCUCUAGCAGAAUACAAGGCUAAGGCUGACACCUACAUGUCUCCUCCAAAAUUCAAUGUCUCGCAGAAAGCAAGCGAAGCGCAACUAGAUCAAAUCGAAGUGCCUGAUGGCGGCCCUAGAUCCAACAAGGUCAGAUUUCUUGCCCAAAGGUUCGCCGAGGCUUCCAGAGCCAUGCGCAGCAGUAACGAGCGCGCAAAGGAGACGGCUAUCCCUAGGAUUUACGCUUUUGUCAACUCCGUACCCUCGCCUAAGUCUCCUAUGCUUGGUCUCGAUGAUCCGUUCUUCUCUGCAGAGAGCAACAACGUAUCAAAAGAAUCCCUCAUUCCCAAACCAGUCCAUGACGUUGGCCGUAGUAGGGAAUGCCGAUCCCUUUCUCCACCGAAGCGAGCUGCACCGCAAAUACAUACUGCCAAGCGCAACUCAGGCUUCGGCAUGAUUACAGACCGGGAUGCUGAGAUCGUGCAAAAAAACACCAUCUCCAACCCUCCAGCUUCACCUAGCCACGGCGAAGGAGAGACUUACGACGAAAUGAUCGUCAACUCUAAUGGUAUUGGAUUCUCUAAGCAACCAUUGACUCAACUCCUCGACGCCUACCACCACCAGCGUUCAGCCGAGUCGCUCCGUCGUCUACGCACAUAUCUCCAAGAAUCACCACCAGAGAUCCGCCGUGUCCACAACCGCACUAUAUCGUUUGCCGAGCUUGCUCGCCCUGUCUCUCCUUCUCGCCCCGACUCUCCAUCUCUCAAUAUCUACGUUAACCCAAAAGAUUCCCCUACUCGCUCCAACAGUUAUCUAAAUGCCAGUGAGGCCCUUAAACCUCUCGAGCGCCACGCCUCCCUCAACGCAACAAUGUAUGCCGAAAUCUGCCGCCUUCAACGCCUUCUGCAGCAGGUGGGCGAAGAAAAGGAAGCAAAAGACCGUAGAAUUGAAGCAUUGGAAGAAGUUCAGGGUGGCAAUCCCGUCGCCGCUGGAGUCAAAGCGAAAGGGAGCUUUGGGAAAGGCGGUUUGCAUAACGAAGUUCGGAAGGCGAAGAGAGAAUUGAGUCUUUGGAAAAUGAGGGCUGAGUUGGCGGAGAGGAGGUUGUCGGGGUUGAAGCAGUUGUCUGAUAGGUCGUGGGAGAGCGAGAUGAUGUAUCCGGGCUAUACAGAACCAACAGAGAGGCCUGAGUUUGUCAAGCAGGAGGAUGGUGAAAAGCAGGCGGGUGGUGUCCGGGAUAUGCAGGGAGAUAGCCCGGAUUCUUGGAAGAGGCGAGCUAUCGUCGCGGAAAGUCGAGUGGCUCAGAUCAAUGGAUGGGAGAGCGCAGACAUCAAGAUCGACGUCCAGGAAGUGCAAGAAGAAAGUCCAGACUUUUGGAAGAGGAGGGCUAUCAUCGCCGAGAGUCAAUUGGCUCAGGUUGCGCCGCUGAUGGAGGAAGGACCGCACAGUGAGAUGGUAUGCACGACUCCUUCACCACUCACGGCAAAAGUAUAUGUAGCCGUUGAGACAGAGAGUGGAGAAAAGAAAGAGCGUACUUGGGAUUUGCGUGGAUCGGAGGAUCGGAGUCUGAAUAUCAGUGAGUACAGUCAGAGCAACAGUGAGAAAGAGGCGGGAAGACGAACAAGUCCAGUGGAGAAGAGCCGUGGAAGCGAUGACGGGAGUUCCGAUUUUGCGAGUCCGUUGAACGGGUUCGGCUGA